CGACGGCGCGCUGGCCAGCUCGGGAGCAGACAGGAGACCCGGAGAGCAGCGAGGCAGCGUCGCCCUCCAGGAGCAGGAGCGGGAGCGGGACCCGGACCCGGAGCAGGAGCCGGAGCCGGAUCCGGAUCGCCGAUCUGCCCCUGGAAGCUCGGAACCGUCAGCAGAAGCAGAACACCAACAGUGAAGGAGCACCCAGACUCCUUCCCCUACUCCGGCCAGGACCCACAGCCCACAGAGAUGAGCUCCAUGGAGGUGCCCGUGCAGACGGAGAUGGUGGAGCUGGUGCCCAAUGGCAAGCCCAUGGAGGGACUGAACCCCGGAGCCCUGCCCCCGAGUGGGAGUGAGAGAUUUGAGGAGCACAGGCCCAGUCCAGCAGAGGUGGAAGGCUUCUUGCCACAAAGGAUCGACAAGCAGACACACUUCACUGACUUUGAAGGUAAAACAUCCUUUGGGAUGUCAGUGUUCAACCUCAGCAAUGCCAUCAUGGGCAGCGGCAUCCUGGGGCUUGCAUAUGCCAUGGCCAACACGGGCAUCCUGCUCUUCCUCUUCCUCCUGACGUCAGUUGCACUGCUCUCCAGCUACUCCAUUCACCUGCUGCUCAAGUCCUCAGGCAUUGUGGGCAUCCGCGCCUAUGAGCAGCUGGGCUUUCGGGCCUUCGGGACUCCUGGGAAGCUUGCUGCAGCCACGGCCAUCACCCUGCAGAAUAUCGGAGCCAUGUCAAGUUACCUGUACAUCGUGAAGUCAGAGGUGCCUCUGGUGAUCCAGACCUUCCUCAACCUGGAGGAGAAGACCACGGACUGGUACAUGAAUGGGAACUAUCUGGUGAUCCUUGUCUCUGUCACCAUUAUCCUGCCCCUGGCGCUGAUGAAGCAGCUUGGAUACCUGGGCUACGCCAGUGGCUUCUCUCUCAGCUGUAUGGUCUUCUUUCUUAUCUCGGUCAUCUACAAGAAGUUCCAGAUCCCAUGCCCACUGCCCGAGCGUGAUACCAACAGAACGGGAAACUUCAGUUUGGUGCAGUCCAUCACCCUUGAUUAUGCCAGUGGAGACCCCCAUAUUCAGGCCACCGAUGCCACUACCUGUGCCUCUAGCCUAUUCACCCUCAACACGCAGACGGCGUACACCAUCCCCAUCAUGGCCUUCGCCUUUGUCUGCCACCCUGAGGUGCUACCUAUCUACACCGAGCUCAAGGACCCAUCCAAGCAGAAGAUGCAGCACAUUUCCAACAUCUCCAUCGCCGUCAUGUAUGUCAUGUAUUUUCUGGCCGCGCUCUUUGGCUACCUCACCUUCUAUGGCCAGGUGGAAUCAGAGCUCCUGCACACCUACAACAGCGUGGACCCCUUUGACGUGCUCAUCCUGUGUGUCCGUGUGGCUGUGCUCACAGCUGUCACCCUUACGGUCCCCAUCGUUUUAUUCCCGGUACGCCGGGCCAUCCAACAGAUGCUGUUCCAACAUAAGGAGUUCAGCUGGUUGCGGCACAGUCUCAUUGCCAUUGUCCUGCUCACCUGCAUCAACCUGCUCGUCAUCUUUGCCCCGAAUAUCCUAGGCAUCUUCGGGAUCAUCGGUGCUACAUCGGCCCCCUGCUUGAUCUUCAUCUUUCCUGCCAUCUUCUACAUCCGGAUCAUGCCCAAGGACAAGGAGCCCCUGAGAUCUACACCCAAAAUACUGGCCAUGUGCUUCGCGGGACUUGGUGUCCUCUUCAUGAUCAUGAGCCUCAGUUUCAUUAUCAUUGAUUGGGCCACCGGGAGCAGCCGGAGCGGUGGCAGUCACUAGAGCCUGGGGCCUGGUCUUCCCCACCUCGUCCUCAGGGCAUGGCGGCUGGACCGGCUUCCCUCGUCCCCCCCGACCCCUUGCUGAGCCCGCUCCCUCCCCUGGCCCAGCCAGAUAGUACUGUACAGCUGCACUGCAGCCCACGACUGGUUGGGGGCAGGAGGAGAGAACAGGAGGGCGGCAGGGAAGGACCUCUGAACUCUAUGUGCUUUUUUUUCACUAUUGUCUUUAUCAGGACGUUUGGGGUUGGGGGGAGGGGGAUUGGGAGGGCUGGACCGAGCCAGUUGCAGGUGCAGCUGCCAUGCAGAGUCCCACCCCAGGGCCACACAAACUGGGCCCCAGGCAUCUCCCACCUGCCCUCCUGCCCCCAUCUCCUCCCUGUCACUUGCUGACAGCCCCAUUUUGGAAGAAACAGUGAAAUCCAGCCAAGCGAAGUCCAACCUGCAGCCAUCUGAGGGGUAGGGGCUUACCUAGGCCCACGAGAUCACUUCCUGUCCCUCACUGGCACUCCCCCUACCCCCCCACCCCUGCCUGGCAAUGCAGGUGGGUGGAGAGAGCGUGCUGGUAUCCAUUGAGGCUGAGCCUCCCAGCAUCUCCCCCAACUGCUUCCCUUAGAGCUCCCGCCACACCCACUGGAGCCUGAGUGACUGGCAACUCAGUCUGAAGGCAAGGGAAAAGGGUUUGUUUCAUCAUGUUGGGACAAGCUAAACAAUGAGGGAGCUGUAGACCCUCCUCUUGCCUCCAUGAGUCCCCUGACUUCAAGGGCAUCCCCCCAUAGCUGGAAUGGAGUGAUGCUACCUUCUCUUCCUGUUCCAUCUUUUCCCUCCCUCUUCCCCCUCCCUAAACUAGUGUUGGUGACCUACCUUUAGAAGGUAGGUCAAGAAGAAGCUGGGACUGAGUCUGGGCCUGGGACUGGCACCCCCAUCUCUUGAUUCCUGACCUGGUGCUCUUGCCAAGAGACCAUGGGUUUAGGGGUCUACGCUCUGUGCAAUCAACUAUAUAGGCCCAGGGCUUCUCCACCUCUCUUUCUGUGACUGGUGCAGGGAAGGAGGGCUUGGACUGGCAGGAUCUGGGCAGGGGGAAGUGGGUCACCUCCUAGCCCCUCCCCACCCAGUCUUCUCACAUCGCAGUGAAACCUUGUCCUGGUGAGGAGGAGGAAAGGACAGCCAGCAGUCUGCUAUCCUCUCCUUGCCCCUGAUCCCUGUUCUUCAUCCCACCCCAAGUCUCAUGAAUAAUAAUCUCGUGCUUUUAUUCCCAAA